AUGGACCAGUGGGUGAGGCUCAAGCCUGUCGCACCAGUCACUGUGGAAAUGCAUGAGGUGGUGCCGGACUUCCUCUUCCUUGGCAGUGCCCGCGCUGCCGUCGCCGUGGAGCGCCUGCGAGAGCGAAGCAUCACGCAUGUGCUCACCGUUACGGACAUCCUCCCGCGCCGCACCAGGGAGGCCUUCGGACCCGCCCACCAUCUCCACAUCAACGUCGACGACCUGCCCGGCGAGGCCCUCUCCACCCACUUCGCACGCGCCAUCGCCUUCAUCGGGUCAAGGGAGGGGGGUGGCAGGAUCCUGGUGCACUGCACGGCGGGCGUGUCGCGCUCGGCGUCGGUGGUGAUGGCCUACCUCAUGCACGCACACGGCCUCACCCUCAAGCAGGCCUUCAUCCACGUCAAGCAGCGACGCACCAGCGUGCGACCGAACGGAGGGUUCAUGGAACAGCUCGAUGCCUUCGAGCGGGAGCUCCACGGCAGCUCGUCCAUUACGCCGCUCGAGCUCAUCAACAUUACGACGGUGUACCGUAAGGAGUGGCUGCCGGCAAUCACAGGCCGAGAGCCGGAGCCGCUGCCCGCACCCACAACGCGAAGCGCACCGCCGACGACGGCGGCGGCGACAAACACGGAGGAGGAAGAGGCCGCCACGUCGCAAGGAUGA